GAUUUCCAUCCCCUCCUCUCCCUCCAGCUUUAAAAAAAGAGAAGAAAGUUAAACAGCCCUUUUGAGGGGGGGGCAGUCCUGUACUCCAGCAAGGAGCAUUACCCGGAUAGCAGACACGACGCAGACAACAGGCAUGAACGACAUCAAGCUCGCCCUGCUGGGAAGCCAGGGCGCCGGCAAGUCAGCCGUCCUGGUGCGGUUCCUGACCAGGCGCUUCAUCGGUGAAUAUGCCUCGAACGCCAAUUCCCUAUACCACAAAAGAAUGUCAAUCGAUGGCAGGCAGCUAAAUCUGGAGGUUUUUGACCCCUGCUCUCAGGGCUCGGGGGCCAGGUGUAUAAUGGAGGAGCCGGUGGAUUGGGCGGACGGCUUCGUGGUCGUUUACAACAUCAGCGACCGCACCUCCUUCAUCGACGCCGAGGACAUCCUGCGGCAGAUUCGGGAGGCGCGCGUGGACAACUGCAAAGGGGAGGUGGAUGUCCCCGUCUGUCUGCUGGGAAACAAGCGGGACCUGUGUCACGCCCGGCAGGUGUCCGAGGACGAGGGCCGCUGCCUCGCUCGAGGGAGCCGCUGCCACUUCCAGGAGGUCUCCGCCGCCGAGAGCUACCAGGACAUCGCCGGCCUCUUCACGCAACUCAUCCGCCAGGUGAUGGAGCACCUGAAGCACCGGGCCGACAGGAGGCGCUACAGCGGCUCCAAGUCCAUGGCCAAGCUCAUCAACAACGUGUUCGGCAAGAGGAGGAGGUCGGUGUGACGAGGUCAGAGGGAACCGACCCUCGUCAGGCCGGGUAGAGUCACUUCACCUCCAUUUUGAGACUGGGUGUAUGGAACCAUUGACAUGUGUUGCUGGACAUUUGUCCACAGAAAUGAGUACAUCAUUUGACAUCAACGGUGAGCAUCAAGAUUUCUGUUCAAUGGUUGCAAAAAAACAAGAUGGCGAGGGCGAAAAUGCCAAAGUUAAAGCUUCGAAGCAGCAGUUUAAUAUCCAAUGGGUGACGUCUUGACAACCAGGUCAACAUAUAUGGUUUUAUGACUCAUGAAAUGAGUCUGUGAAAUGUUUUGAGAGUGAAAAUGAGUUUUGAUGCAUUUAAAUGUUAUUUUUUCAUUGCUUCUCUUUGGAACCAAUAGUGUGUUUUUGAGUGAUGGACUGUUUAUUGUAAUAUACUAUUCUCUCUGUCUCUUAUAUUGCCAAGAUAUCAUUUAAAAACAUUUACGUGUACAAUGAUGUUGAAUUGGUGUACGGUAAUAAUUGCUCUGAAAAAUAUCUUGGAGGUUUUAAAAUGUAUGAAAAGCUCCACAUUAUACCAAAUAAGGGCUCAUUCAUAUGCGUUUGAGCUUCUUUAAUCCAGUUAUGUCACGCCAAUCCUGUAAAGAAAAAAUAAACUGCCAAUCCUGAAAAAAGGAAACAUUUUGUGGUCAAAAGUUCCUUUUGUAAAAACUACAAAAACAUUGGCUGCUCCAGAGGAAAUUAAAGUUAAACAUUGCUUAAUAA